GGGUCUAGUCUACUUUAACAUGUAAGAAUUGGUUGUUUAACUGCAUUGCGGGGUGCAUGAUUGGCGCUGUACCUCAAAAUCCUAAUAUCUUGUGACUAUCAAACUUCAAAAAGGUUACCGUCGAUGAUUCUCACCUGCGGGGAACAUGCAAUAACACCUAUAUCCAAUUUCUUUCGGACAAACGGACUGGUCUAAAUAUCACCCAAUUCGUUCAUUGAUGAAUGGAGUGAUGCUUAGUGUUUACUGAGCAGAUAUGUCGCCUCCUUAGCUGAUUCUUACAAUGUAUAAAGCAAGAUAGUUCCCCCAUCAAGUCCAUGGCUCAACAUCAACCAUUCGAACCGUAUAACCAUCACAAUAUCGGUCUUCAUAGUCAUCAUGGUAUCAUACAAAGCUUUUCUCAUUACUCUUGCUGCUGUCACGAGAGUCUUAACAUAUCCAGCCAACUCAAGUUUUGAGCUCGUCGAUCGAAGUGGGACACCUAGCUCUACUGGAACCAGUGGUGGAUACUACUAUUCCUUCUGGACAGAUGGAGGUGCAGAUGUUACUUAUACAAAUGGUGCUGGUGGCGAGUACAAACUUCAAUGGUCAGGAAAUGGCAAUCUUGUUGGUGGAAAGGGCUGGAAUCCUGGAAGUGCUAAGGCUGUUACCUAUAGUGGCACGUACAGUCCAAAUGGCAACAGCUAUCUUUCUCUCUAUGGCUGGACAACAUCACCUCUUAUUGAAUACUAUGUUGUCGAGAACUUCGGUACAUAUGAUCCAAGCACUGGAGCUACCUUGAAAGGUACCGUGGUUAGUGACGGAGCAACUUAUAAGAUCUACCAAACCCAACGCGUCAAUCAACCAUCUAUCAUUGGUACUGCUACCUUUUAUCAAUAUUGGUCUGUUCGACAGACAAAGCGAACUGGUGGUACCGUAACGACCGGAAAUCAUUUUAAUGCUUGGAAAGCACUAGGAAUGAACAUGGGUACAUUCGAUUACAUGAUAGUCGCAACAGAAGGUUACUUCUCUAGUGGAUCAUCUGAUAUAACUGUUGGAAGUUCAACGGGAGGUGGUGAUAGUGGAAGUCCUACCUCGGCUCCCACUACUUCUCCUACAACAUCACCAGGUGGCACCUGCGGUGCUCUAUACAGCCAAUGUGGUGGAACUGGAUUUACGGGUUCUCAAUGCUGUGCAUCCGGGACUUGCAAGUAUGCAAAUUCUUACUAUUCUCAAUGCUUGUGAGAUAUGGCCUUCCCGUGGUUCAAGCUCAGAAUACUCAGUGGAGGAUUUAGAGAAGAUUCUCGCAGCCCUUACUGUUCUGUCUAGAAAUUGGUUGGCCUGUAUUGGCGUGGAAUAGUAACGAAAAAUUUGCGGAGCUAUUUGUUCAUUUUGUUGUGCCUGCCUAAGAAGCAAUAAAUAUCGAAAUUAUCUUCCAGAAAUAUUCAAUUUCUUUCCUGCCCCCUAAUAAAGAAAAAGCAGCAAAGCUUACCA